GGCCUUAAGGCCUGUUUUCCUAGCGACAGGUUUUUUGCGCAGCAGGAACCGAAUGAGCCUGAAAAACGUCGACUAAAGCGCGAAAUAUAGUACGCAGCGUAAAAGUGUUUUCCUAGCGCCGUGUUUUAUCUGUUCAGUUGGCGUAGAAUCGUGUUGAAGGUUGGGUGUUUGUAUGUGAAACAUUUAAGUGAAACUGCUGAAAUGGAGAACAUGGUGAGAAAGAGAAAUGUAAUGGCUGCUUUCAUAAUUAAAGAAAUAAUAGAUGGUGACGAAGAAGAAGAGUUCGUAUUAACAAAAUAUGCAAAAGUAAGGGAAAGUAUGAGUGAUGUAUUCUCAAACCGCAGAAGUGAAGGAAUGUUCAGCAGUUUAGUCAAGAAUCAUCUUCUUGAUGAUGAAGAGAAAUUCCGAAGAUACUUAAGACUGCCCAGAGGAAGAUUUUUCGACAUUUUGAACCUCAUUAAUGACGACUUGACUACUUCUUCCUACAACCGAGUGAAGGAACCUAUAACAACCGCUGAAAAAUUGGCAGUCACACUCAGGUUUAUGGCUACAGGAGAAUCAAACAGGUCACUAGCAUUUGGACCGCAUCCCUCCCUCUGCUAUAUGUAGACUACCAUCGUCCCUACAGUGCUGGCAGCACUACAGAAGAAGCUGGUGUCACUUUUUUUACCUCCUCCCGACCAAAUAGACUGGGAACAGAAAGCCAACGAUUUUUGGAAACGGUGGGGUUUCCCCAACUGUGUAGCUGCCAUUGAUGGCAAGCAUGUGAGAAUUGUAGCACCUGGUCACUCAGGAAGUCUAUACUUUAACUAUAAGGGGUAUUUUUCUGUAGUGCUUCUCGCUAUGGCCGAUGCAAACUGUAAGUUUGUUCUUGUUGAUGUGGGUUCCUACGGAAAGAAGGGAGAUGCAGGAAUUUUUAAGAAGUCAAAAAUUGGAACGUUAGUUACAAAUGGAACAAUAUUCCCACCACCAAAGAACCUUCCGCAUUCUAAUAUCAUUCUACCUCAUGUAAUAGUUGGCGAUGAUGCUUUUAGUUUAGGUAAGCAUAUGAUGAAGCCAUAUUC